CGCCCGGCUGCGAAGGCUGAAGGUGGCAGCAGGGGCUGGAAGGGCUGGCUGCAGGAGCAUGCUGCUGCGGUUGAUGCCUACGGAAGAGGGAAGCAGAGGCCACUGCAGAGGCCCAAAUCUUUCGUAAGAGCAUGUGAGAGCCGUGUUGGUGGUGCCCAGUGGUGCCCGAAGCUGAGCAGAUGAGACCAAACUGAUGGAAGAAGGGUCAGGCCCAAGUGUUGCCAGCCUGGUUCUGAUGGUGUCAAUCUCGCUCGACUCGUGGAUCUCUGAGCAUCUCGGCUCCAUCGAAAGCUCCUCCAAAGCUCAGCUCCUGCAAAGCUCGGCCAUGGCCCGCUCCUCGACUUUGGCUGUGAUCCUUCUUGGUGCUGCCCUUCUCCAGGCGCUGACCUUCGUCGGCCCAGCCUCGCCUGCGCUGCGCGCGGGGCGGGCGGGGCGCGCGUCGCUGCUGGUGCGUCGUGCGGCCUCGGACGAGACGAUGGGCAAGGUGGCUGAGGUGAUUGCCGAACAGUUGGGAGUGGACAAGGAGAAGGUCACCCGGGAGGCCACGCUGACGGAGUUGGGCGCGGAUUCCUUGGACAUUGUGGAGUCCGUCAUGGCCUUGGAGGAGGCCUUUGACAUUGAGCUGCCCGAUGAGGAGACCACGCCUUUGAAGAACUGCGGCGAUGUCAUGGAUCUGAUCCAGAGCAAGCUAUGAUUGGCAUUAUGAUCAAAUUCGUUGAGUUUUGGAGCUGAGACCACCAGUUCCUCCACACGACCAUGGCUCCGUUGGCUUUAAAUCCAUGCGGUGCUGAUGGUCGUGGUGCAAAAAGCCAAGCACUAGUUGCAGGAAGGCAGUCUGGAGGUCUGCUAUUGGCUUUUCUUUUCCUGGGUGAGUUCAUCUUGCCCCUCUUGGCUUCAGUCAAAGUGGCGUCAGUCCUUGCACGGUCGGAAGGAA